ACUGGUAUCAACGCUCAAUUCGAGGCUCCAUACGUCUUGGGCUCUUUUGCGAGAGUGACACCGUACGUCAAGGCGGUCUAGAACCACGUUGAACUCGAUUGUUCAAACCGAAGGUGGAAGAGCCGUACGAACCUCCUCAUCUCGGCCAUUUGUCCAGAUAUCAAGCCCCAACUUCAUCAACAUUCCUUAUCAUCGUCCAUCAUGGCAGGUGCAAAUACUACCACAAGACUUUUCUCAUCGUUGAAGUCCGCGAGGUCGCCAAUAUGUCUCUCGUGCAGAGUACCCAUCCGCUCCAUCUCAACGUCAAGGGCAAUGGCUUCACCUCAGUCUGAGGUACAGAACAAGCUACUCGGCGACCACCUGCGAGAAGCAGACCCAGAAAUUUACCAGAUUCUGCAGAAGGAAAUCAAACGACAAAAGCAUUUUAUCAAUUUGAUCCCUUCCGAGAAUUUUACGUCUCAAGCAGUCCUCGACGCUCUGGGUAGCGUAAUGCAAAACAAAUACUCUGAAGGCUACCCUGGUGCGCGUUAUUACGGUGGAAAUGAGCACAUCGACGCCUCCGAACGUUUAUGUCAGAAGCGAGCUUUGCAGACAUAUCGUCUCGAUCCCGAAGAAUGGGGAGUCAAUGUUCAACCAUUGUCGGGCUCCCCGGCCAAUCUCUACGCCUACUCUGCUCUGCUCAACACUCAUGAGAGGAUCAUGGGUCUAGACCUGCCACACGGCGGCCACUUAUCCCACGGCUACCAGACUCCGACCAAGAAAAUCUCUAUGAUCUCCAAGUACUUUGAGACCUUCCCUUACCGUCUGGACGAGUCCACUGGAUUGAUUGACUACGCCAAGUUGAGAGAAAAUGCUCUUCUAUAUCGUCCCAAGAUCAUCAUUGCCGGGACAUCCGCAUAUAGCCGACUGAUCGACUACAAACAAUUCCGGGCUAUUGCUGAUGAAGUCGGCGCAUACCUUCUGUCGGAUAUGGCACAUAUUUCCGGUCUUGUCGCUGCGGACGUCAUUCCCUCUCCUUUUGAAUAUUCCGACGUUGUGACGACCACCACCCAUAAAUCACUUCGUGGGCCACGCGGCGCCAUGAUCUUCUACCGGAAAGGCGUCCGCCGUGUCAAUAAGAAGGGAGAAAAAGAAUUUUAUGACCUUGAAGGGCCCAUCAACUCCUCAGUGUUCCCUGGACACCAAGGUGGCCCCCACAACCACACCAUUACCGCUCUUGCUGUGGCCCUGAAACAAGCUCAGAGCAGUGAAUUCAAGGAAUACCAAAAGACCGUUCUCACGAAUGCCAAGGCACUGUCAGACCGACUUGGUAGUGGAUCCUCGUCCAGUGGGCUAGGCUACAACAUUGUCUCUGGUGGCACCGACAACCACCUUGUCCUGGUGGAUUUGAAAUCCAAAGGCAUCGAUGGAGCUCGUGUCGAGCGGGUCCUAGAACUAUGCGGUGUGGCCGCCAACAAGAACACAGUGCCUGGUGACAAGUCAGCGCUCAAGCCCGGCGGAUUGCGUAUGGGCUCGCCGGCGAUGACAACUCGAGGCUUUCAAGCCUCUGACUUUACUCGUGUGGCCGAAAUCGUGGAUCGUGCCGUGUCAAUCGCGCUCAAGGUGGACAAGCUGGCCAAGGAUGAUGCCCAAGCCCAAGGCAAGAAGAAUCCAGCUGCGGUCAAGGUCUUCACAGAAUAUCUCAAAGACGGCACCGAUGUGCCAGACAUUCUCACCCUCAGACAGGAGGUCGAGGACUGGGUGGGAACCUUUGCCGAGCCAUGGAUCAAGGAGUAGGGCUUGGGUUGCAUGCAUAUGCUUGCGGAGAAGAAUGGAAAGCCGCCACGCUCCUUGAUCCCCCACCAACGUAGUGGUAUGAUGAGGUAGCUACCGCCGGUUGCAUACCACUGCUGUCGCCUGACGACUCGGGGUUCAGAAGAAGACGAAGCUAAAAAUGUAACAUCUGGAAGAAUCGUGUACUAUCGUCUUGUUUAUUUCAAGUGACUACAUGAUAUUCCCGCGUAGGAAAUGAUUCCCCCUUUAUUCCAUCAAAUGGUUUCCCUUUCAUGGCCAUGCAAAUGCAUACCAAAGCCUUGCCCUCAAGUCUCAGGAUUCAGUGCUCAAUGCUCAAUAUCGUCCCAACUACGGCCCUGGACGGCGCCCAAUUCCUCCACAGUCAUGACCUUACCCGUUGUAAAGUAUCCAGCGUGAAUCUUGGCAUCGAUCUCGACUCGAGA